AUGUCCGCCACCAUGCCCUUGGAAACAAUCACGACGCCCAUGCCAGCGAUGACCGCUGAACCAGAAUCUCGGCGCAUCCUCUCGAUAUCCGCCGUCAAUCACUCCGAUCGGCCUUCCUCGUUAGCCCAUGGCCAUAUGGCAGACCCCAUUUGCGAUGGACAAGCCAAUAAUUCAGCAAGGGGCCAGUUGCACGCAGCCGAAAAAGGCAACAGUGUAUGCGAGCUGGUACUUCCCGUCCAGUUGCGUGAACAUCCACUCUUUCCACCACUACCCGCCUACGGCCCACCCACUUUCAUGUCCAGCAUACAAUAUUACGCGAUCCGAGCCAUAUCCUUCCUUCUUUCCCUGGGCUUCUUGACGGUGAUAUUCAUUGGGGCAUUGAUCCGCACCGCUGGAUCGCUCAUCACCGAUGUUAGUGCAAGGUUGCAAAACGGACGGCCUGCGUUGCAAAGAGUUUUCGGAGCGGAAGAACAGACACGCAGGUUGGCCCGAGCCGAGUCGGACCAGAAAUGGCAUAUUCGACAACAGAAAAAGCACGUAGAUGAAGAGCAAGGCCCGGACGAAUGUCCACCGUUGGAGGGAGGCAAGGAUGCAGUUGUAUGUGACGUCGCAUACUACGCCCGACGAGUUGGAUUGGAUGUUGAGACAUUCCGGGUCCAAACUGAGGAUGGAUUUAUCAUCACUCUAUGGCAUGUCUAUGAUCCCCAGGAAUAUACAGCACUCCCGGCUGAGCAACGGCGUGAACGCGGAUUCGGGGUCUUCAAUGACCGGAAGGAAUUGAAUUCAUCCAACUCGCAAUCUCGACGUCGAUACCCUGUCCUCUUGAUUCACGGCCUGCUACAAAGUGCGGGUGCCUAUUGCACCAAUGACGACGAUAGCCUUGCAUUCUAUCUCUGCAAGUCGGGAUACGACGUCUGGUUGGGAAACAAUCGCUGUGGCCAAACUCCUGAGCACACCACUUUGUCUACAUCCGAUCCGCGCAUGUGGUCCUGGGAUAUCCGCCACCUUGGCACGCUCGACUUAGCAGCACUUACGUCCCGCGUGUUGUACGAAACUGGGUUUGAGAAGCUGGGUCUUGUGUGCCACUCGCAAGGGACCACACAGACAUUCGUGGCGCUGGCGAAGGAACAUAGACCUGAGCUUGGACAGCGCAUCUCCGUGUUCUGUGCUUUGGCACCUGCUGCAUACGCUGGUCCGCUGGUGAGCAAGCCCUAUUUCCGCUUCAUGAGCAUGCUCUCUCCAAGCAUGUUCCGGGUCUUCUUUGGUAUCCAUGCGUUCAUUCCGGUCAUGAUGACUGUCCAACGUCUCAUCCAUCCUAAAAUAUACGGCACACUCGCAUACUGGGUAUUCUCCUUCCUCUUCGGCUGGUCUGACGCCCGCUGGGAGCGGGACUUGCGACACCGCAUGUUUCAGUUCGCUCCUGUAUACGUUAGCGCUGAGACGAUGCGAUGGUGGCUUGGCAGCGAGGGAUUUGCUAAACACAAAUGCAUUCUUUCCACAGCAGACCAGUCUAUAUUUGAGGCCGAGGCGGACCAUUCCGCUCGGGAAGGGACCGGUCCCGAGCAUGGGGAUGACCCAGGAGAUCCCUGCCUGGGUGCCUCGGGCGACAGGGCUUGGUUCGAUCCUCAGGUACCACCCUUCGCGUUGUGGGUUGGUGGCUCUGAUGCGCUGGUAGAUGGUCGUCGGCUUCUCCGGCGCUUUGACGAAGGUCAUGAGCCUCACGUACGCGUCGUGCACUCGAAGAUCAUUGACGAAUAUGAGCAUCUCGACGUCUUAUGGGCCAUGGAUGCUAUCGAGCAAGUUGGCAACGAAGUCCGCCAGGUCAUUUGGACAACUAUGUCCGAUGAUGCACAACGUAUAUGCCGUGUCCCGCGAGGUGUAAAUACAAGUUUACUUUAG